UCACCCCAAAACACAUCUCUAUCACCGCCUUUAAUGCCGCCCUUACAUGCAACUUCCUUACAAGCAGUUGCAGCUCAACAGGCAAGUGUACCGCCAAAUUAUGUGGCAACAUCUCAACCUCCAGCGCAGCAUCCACACUCAGCAAGUGCCGUGCUGUACCCAAGCGCCGCUUACAGUGAUCAUGGCUUCCUACAAAUGACACUCGGCUACUUGUCACCCUCAUCGGGUGCUUAUAAAUCAGUGGAUCCAUACUUUCUUUCGCAAGCCGGACUUUUUGGAAGUGGACAUUUGUUUGGUGGUGCAGGCUGCGUACCGGAAUUGGCACUCGGUUUGGGUAUGGGUGUGAAUGCGUUGCGACAUUGUCGCCGACGCAAGGCACGCACUGUUUUCAGUGACCCUCAAUUGUCUGGGCUAGAGAAGCGAUUUGAAGCACAACGUUAUUUAUCAACACCCGAACGAGUUGAGUUGGCCACCGCAUUGGGCUUAAGUGAAACACAAGUGAAGACAUGGUUUCAGAACCGUCGUAUGAAACACAAGAAGCAAAUGCGAAGGCGAGAUGCAACAAAUGAACCUGUUGACUUUUCACGUACUGAGGGUGGCAAUAGAAACGAUUCGAAUAGUCUUGGCACAGCAUCAGCAUCUUCGAAUGCUUCAACAUCAAGUGCAAAUGGCACGUCACAGUGUAACAACACCAAUGGCAGCAAUCACAACGCCAGUAUAACAGCCAGCAACGACAGUAACGGUCAUAUCUGUGGCAUAGAAAAAUCCUUUAGUGCGCAAGCAUAUACACAACAGCAACAACAACAACAACAGAUACAUCUUCAGCAACAUCAACAACAACAACAACGCAACAAUGGCGUCAGUACACACCAUCAUCAACAACAUAAUAUCCAACAAAAUCAGCAACAUUUGCAAAUGUUAAGACACAUAUCGACUGGCAACAUCGACAGUGCAGUGGGGUUUAUGCAGCACGAUUACUCAAACGACGAUUAUUCAGACAUAGAUGAAGAUAUCGACGAGGAUGAAGACGAUGACGGCAGUGAUGUUGAUAUUGUUGGAGACACAAAAUUAUAUCACUUAACGUGAAUGUUUUAUAUUUAGAGACACAAAGAAAUUAAUUUGUAAAUAAUACAAUAUAAAGAAUAUAUCCACAACUGCAAUUAAUAGGAAUUUAACACGAUUCGCA